AAGGGAUCACUCUGGCAUCCUGCAGCCACCCGUGCGGCUCGGAGCUGGAUCCCGGUGCUCCCGCCAUGAGCUGUGCCGUCAGGCAGGUCGUCACCGCCUGCUCCCAGGGCAGGAGCAGCGCGGGCAGCUCGGCGGCCGGCAGUGCGAGGAAGGUCUCCUCCUCUUCCUCGGGAAGACACGCCGCCUAUGACUUUGGUGGUGCAGUUGUCAAUUUUUCCGGCGACAGUUUAAGCGAGGGAUUACUCGGGAAGCAGCUGAGCGCCGGCAGCGCCGCCGGCGGGAGCUUCGGAGCUACGCAGAGGGCUUGUUCCACCCUUGGGUUCGGCGGCGGGGGCAUCUGCGCUCGAGGCGUUGGUGGCGGUUUCACCAGGGCCAGCGCUGGUUGCGGUGAUGGGAUCUUAUUUGCCAACAACGAGAAGGCGACGAUGCAGAACCUCAAUGACCGCUUGGCCUCCUACCUGGACAAGGUGCGGCUCCUGGAGGGAGACAACGCCGACCUGGAGUGCAAGAUCAGGGAGUGGUAUGCCAAGGUUGGGCCCAGCUGCGAGCCCCGGGACUACAGCUGUUUCCACAAGGAAAUUGAAGACCUUCAAAACCAGAUCCUCUGUGCAGCCAUGGAGACGAACAAAAUCCUUCUGAGUAUCGAUAACAACAGGAUGACUGCUGAUGAUUUCAGAGUGAAGUACGAGACCGAAUGUGGUCUCCGGCAAAACGUGGAUGCAGAUAUUUGCAAUUUACGCCCCGUCCUGGAUCAGCUGGCCAGCUGCAAGACCGACCUGCAGCUCCAGUGUGAGGCUCUCACUGAAGAGAUGUGUUGUCUCAAGACGAACCACGAGGAGGAGAUGAGCUGUCUGAGGAAACAGGCGACCGGAGACGUGAGUGUGGAGGUCAAUGCCUGUCCUGGCCCGGACCUGCGGAAGAUCCUGGAGGACCUGAGGUGCCAGUAUGAAACGCUGAUGGAGCGCAACCGCAAGGAGACCGAGCAGUGGUAUGCCUGCAAGGCAGAGGAGGUGAAUCUGGAGGUCGUCACAAGCAGCCAGGAGAUCGAGUCAAGCAACAAACAGGUCACCGAGCUGAGACGUCAGCUGCAGGCCUUGGAAAUCAACGUGCAAGCCCAGCUCACCAUGAAAGAAAACCUGGAAUCCUCGCUGGCAGAAACCGAAUGUCGCUACAACAAAUACCUGUCUGAGCUCCAGAGCCAGAUCUCGUGUGUGGAGCAGCGGCUGGCUGAGAUCCGAGCAGAGAUGGAGUGUCAGAACCAGGAGUACAAGACCCUCCUGGACGUCAAAUGCCGCCUGGAGCAAGAGAUUCAGACCUACCACUGCCUGCUGGAGGGCGGACAGCAGGACAUCAUAGGGACGGUGGGCAGAGGAGCCCCCGCAACGGCUGCUGGAAGAAGCAGUGGACUCAAAGCCAGCCUGUGCCCGCCCUGCCUGCCCUGAGCUCCCGACCCGCAAGGUCACCGUGAUGAGAGCUUCCCCCCAGCCCCACGGCACAGCCCCCCGGGACCUCCUCGAAGAACAAACCAUUCAGAAAAAGCCAGGCAAAAGUAACCCGACAGUUCUCAGUUCUGCUUGUGGCACCGGUGGGAAGGGACUUUGGGGACCGGUCACCUUCCCACCCCACGCUGUUGAAUUCACCCCCGACGCUGCUCUGGGCCAGUCUCCGCUCUCACUCAGGCUAAUCUGUUUUGCCAUCGGUUGUCUAACGACUACCGAAGCUUGUCUCUAAUAAAACUUUGCUACUACUGACAAA